GGCAAAGCCGCGUCUGAGGAGAGAAGCAGGCCAAUAGCCCCCCAGGGUUUCUCUGAUUGCUUUGAUGCGAGGCCGACUUCCCCCUCCCAUCCCGGGGCUUCCCGGCAGGAGGCCUGCGGGCUCUCCCCCUCCCCGCGCCGAACGGCGCCCGGGCCUGGGAGCCGAGGGAGCCCAAACCCCGCCGCACCCUGGGGCAGGGGCUCUCCAGCAAGGCAGAUAUGAAAUGCAAGCGUCAGACGCCUUCCCUGAGAAAGCAGUUGCUGGAAGCCCGGAGAAAGGACAAAAGGAGGCUCUUCCUGGGAUUUUAUCUCUGAGACCCUCCCCCUGCCUAUCUGCACUAUUUCCUGAAACUCCCACCAAGUGGAGAGUUCAGAGAAUGUUCCCUGCGAAAUCCUGGAGCCUGGGCCUCUUCGUGCCGCCGCGCGAGGUACCUAAACUGACGUCCUGAGGGGCUGGCUGAAACCCCUGCCGGGCACUGCUGUGGAACUGUGUGGUGCCGGGCAAGACGCUGGGCUCCCUCUGCCUCACUUUGGGCAUCCGUAAGACAGAUGAUGACAACUGUUCUGCCUCCCUUUUAUGACUGUGUAGGGAUUAAUGGAAGAAGAGAUUUAAAAGCACUUUGUGAUUUGUAAAGCGCUCAACAGAAGGUAUGAUGAUUAUUAAAUUCUCUCA